CGCGUGGCGGCACAGUCAACGAUCACACGAGCAGGAAGAUGCGAAGAACAAGAAGAAGGGAGGGUGGAGGACGAUCUUAAGCGUGCCACGUGGCCGCGCAUUUGACAAUCAGACCAGGAGGGAGACGAAGACGAAGGAGAAGGAAAAGGAAAAGGAAAAGUGUCAGGAGAAACUAAGGGCUUGAAUUAAAGCGCGCACAUUGGUGGCGCGGUUGAAAGUCUGAUGAGGAGAAGGAAAAGGAGGAGAAGAAGAAGAAAAGAAGGAAGUGGGGAAGACGAAGGUGGCGGAGGGCGAUGUUAAGCGCGCUGCCUGUCGACGUAUGUGAUAACCAGACGAGGUGGGUGUGGGAGGGGGGGGAGGGGGAAGGAGAAGAAGAGCAAAGAGGUUUUGGAAGGACUUUAAGCAUGCCAUGCGGCGGCGCAUACGACAACUAGACAACGAGAAGAAGUGGCGACAAAAAAGCUCCGUGGAGGAGAGAAGGCCGCCGAAGCGGAGAACGAAGAAAGGGGCGUCUGUCCUGCGGGGAGCGGAAAGACCGCCUAGUGAAGGAGUGGAGGCUCAAGCGGUGCUACAAGACAAGGGGGGGAAGAGAGAGAGAGAGAGAGAGAGAGAGAGAGAGAGAGAGAGAGAGAGAGAGAGAGAGAGGAGAUUCGCCGUUCUCUUCCCCUCGAGACCGGCGCUCCUUUCUUCUCGCACUUUGAGCUUGAGAGUCUACAAUUAUGGAUUCGGGGCCAACAGAUAGCAGCGGUACAGAUGAUGAUGGUAUUCUCCCAUUGCCCGAGCGUCCUACUCGAGGUCUGCGCACAAGUGGGAAUGGAAGAGGCCCCGCCAAUUAUGGAAGGCCAUUGCCGUCUGUGCCGUCUUAUGAAGAGCAGCUGCGAAAGCUGGAGACGGAUGCCUAUCUUGCCGUGCUUAGUGCCUUUGUCGCGGGGAAUGAAGCGAUCUCAUGGGCGAAGGAGCGGCUAAUGUGUGAGUUGCGUAAGGAGUUGAGGGUGCAGGAUGAGCAGCACAGUCAACUUCUCUCUCGGGUGUUUCAAGACAACAAAAUUAUGCAAAUACGUGAAAGAAGACAGCAAAUAGAGGCUGCAGUUCCUCCGCAGCCACCUCCUCCACAAGUACCUAUUGAGGACAGGUUCGGUUCAGUAGCAGGGACUCCCCAAUCGAGAAAAAAACAGAAAACUGCGCACAUUUCGGCCUCUCCUGCUCCACCUCUUCCGCCUGCUCCGUCAUCCCCUCCGCCAUCAAAACCAGCGCCGAUUCCAUCAUUGCCACCUCCACAGCCGGCAGAAGCAGUGAGAAAGCGAGUGCCGUCUGUGACUGGAAGGGGGAAAAAGGGCAAGCAACUGGCUGUCCCUCCAUCGGCAGGGGGUGGGACCACCAAGGCGACAACCAGUGGGGCUUCUACAGGGUCUGCAGAGGCAGGCGUUCCCCCCCCUCAGGAUGCAUUUAUUGGCAGGAGACUUAGAACAAGAUGGCCAGAUGAUGAUCUUAUGUAUGAAGCAAAAGUCACCAACUACGACCCACAAAAUGGCAUGCAUGAGUUGCUGUAUGACAUUGAUACAACAACAGAAUGGGUCAAUCUGAAGGAGCUCAUGGAUACGAAGGACUUUGCCUGGAUUGAUGGACCUGCGGGUGCGCCUUUGACGAAGGGGCAUGGAUUGGGGUCACCUGGGCUUCCACAGCAAACAGAUGCAGGGGGGGGAAGGGCCGGCUCUGGCCGCGGGAUGAGGAGGUCAGCGAGUACUAUGACCAGGGCGGCGGGAACAGAGACAGCACCUGUACAGCCGCCUAUCCCUGCAGGCGGGGGACGUGGGCGGUUUCAUAGGGGCAGUGCUCCAGGAAUGCCUGGGCGGGUGCUGGGCAAGGUUCCAGGGUCCAAGGGAGCUGCACCUCUGCCAAUGGAAAAUGGUGCAGAUGUUAGGCGGGGUGUAGGCGGUGGGGCAGGAAAUCUCAGACCUGCAAAGGGAGACCCUCAGAUACUGGAAGAGCUAGCGAAGAAGGUGGAGAACUUGGAUGAUGUCCAGGACAUAAAGGAGCUUGAACGAGCUAAACAAAUGUUCAAGGAAAGGGAAGAACAACUUCGAAAAGCACUGGCGGAAGUGGGAUCAGAAUCCUCAGAUGAUGAUGAAAGCGAUGAGGACGAGAGAGGCAUUGGACUUAUGAGGGAGGACUCAGGUGUCGAUGAUCGUGGUAGAGGAAUGGGGGGGGUAAAUGACCGCCAGCGCAGGUCAGGCAGCGUUCGCUAUCGAACGCCCAGAGGAUGGCAGCACGUAGGCCUUUCCCGGGGGGAAGUCGUCGACGAGGAUGGGAUGGUGGGAGCAGAAAACUGGAAAUAUACCGGUGCUGAUGGGUACACUGGCUCAGAGGUUGAGCAAGCCGAUAGAAAAGACGAUGAUAUGUUUGGUCCUGAGGGGAGGAUGGAGGUGGUGGAAAUGAGGGGAAGCCGCAAUUGAUGAGAGUCUGAGACCCCAAGAACAAAUAAAUGAACGAAAAGACAUCCCCCCCCAUACCUCUCGCCGACACAGAGAAGAGAUCACAAAAUUACUCCAACCAAACUGUGACUUCCAGCUCUUCAUGACCACAUGAUCUCAAGGGCAUACACACACUAGGACUUCUGGGACUGCAUCUGGCCGUUUUUAACGUCAAAUACACCCACCAAAGUCCUAAUGCAAGUAAUGCUGGAAUAAGCAGUAAAUACCAAGUGCUUCAACGAAAUGACAAAACUGCUGGCUGGUGCAGGCCAAUCAACAACAGGCAUGCCAAUUGACCAACGAAGGAACGACCAAAAAGGGGACCGAACACCUGGCAAAGGCAGCAAAUCAAAAUUGCCACCUUCUUCUGCAGCCAUGUUGCAUCUUAUUGCAUCCCUGCGGUUCCAUCCAGAUUGGAAACUCGUGAUCGAUACAUCAGCACUCAGUUAAUGUGUGCACACUGCACACCUGUUCCCUCUGUCACAAGCGCCCCAUUUGCAGCCAUGUUGCUUGUACCAACGGCGCCUAAAAAACUAAAAAAGAGUUCAACCUUCUUAACUAACUCAACUUGUUCUGGGGCAAAUGAGAGUUAACAAAUCGUCGGAAGAAAGCCCAGUUAAAAAAAAAAAAAAAAAACAAGACAGAAAACAGACAUAUUGAAAUGGAAAGACGUAAUAAUCCGCUCGUCCGUUCCUCUCUUCCCGAAAAGCCUUCCUUCCUUCCUUCUAACCGUCUUCUCUCAAACAUGCAUAUGCAUACAUACAUGCAUACACACUCCGAUUGCCUUACCCAAGAUCCAGAAUGUGCACUCGUGAUGUUCUCGGAUCGAUCGAUCGCCUCAUCCAACAAGCAGGAUCUGAAAUUCUGAAGUCGCAACUUUUUUUUUUUUUUUUUCACUUCGAUUGCCUCAUCGCGCAACAGCCAGGAUUUGAACUCAUGCCUUCUGAGCUGUGGCUGCCUUCACGAUUGGUGGUUGCGUUUCACAAUUCGCAGUGACGCGACAGCUUGCUUGGGGCAAAUUGACUAUAACACGACAGUCAGGAAUCGGGAUAUGAACUCGUGGCCUUCUUUCUGCAGAGAGAGGGCAGCAUUUUUUUCUUCAAUGAGACAGUCCUAGACCAAUCACACUCCACAAGAAUAGCAUUGAGGAAGAACAGAAAAGAAGCGCACACUGCUGGCACUGCUGGCUACCUACCACAUGAUGCCAUAACUGACAGCAACCACACCUUUCUCCGCCCUGCAACGCCUCCACAGGGACCGACCCGCUCAGUGACUAGUCUAUGUGUUGCACCUGAAAAUGAAGAACAAUAGCCAGU